GGGAGGGAGGAGGAGGAGGCCCCGUCGCGGCCUUUGCCGCCGCCAACGGGGCUGUCCCUGUAGCUCCCGAUGGAGUUUGAGGCCCUGAAACCGCCGCCGAGCUCUGCCCCGGCGAGACGAGGCGCCUCCGUCGCCGAGCCGCGCCGUCGCGGGGCCCCCGGGAGCGGCCCUUAGCGACCCCGCCCGGGCCCCUCAGCUUACAAAACACUACACAGCAAAAUAAUGAUCUGCUAGACUGCUAACCCGAGCAUCAGCUUCCACAAUGCCUGUGCAGGCAGCUCAAUGGACAGAAUUUCUGUCCUGUCCAAUCUGCUAUAAUGAAUUUGAUGAGAAUGUGCACAAACCCAUCAGUUUAGGUUGUUCACACACAGUUUGCAAGACCUGCUUAAAUAAACUUCACCGAAAAGCGUGUCCUUUUGACCAGACUGCCAUAAACACAGACAUUGAUGUGCUCCCUGUCAACUUUGCACUUCUUCAGUUAGUUGGAGCCCAGGUACCAGAUCAUCAAUCAAUAAAGUUAAGUAAUCUAGGUGAGAAUAAACACUAUGAAGUGGCAAAAAAAUGUGUUGAAGAUUUGGCACUCUACUUAAAACCACUAAGUGGAGGCAAAGGCGUAGCUAGCUUGAACCAGAGUGCCCUGAGCCGUCCAAUGCAAAGGAAACUAGUUACACUUGUAAACUGUCAACUGGUGGAGGAAGAAGGUCGUGUCAGAGCCAUGAGAGCUGCCCGUUCACUAGGAGAAAGAACUGUGACAGAACUGAUACUGCAGCACCAAAACCCUCAGCAGCUGUCUGCCAACCUGUGGGCUGCUGUCAGGGCUCGAGGAUGCCAGUUUCUAGGGCCAGCUAUGCAAGAAGAAGCCUUGAAGUUGGUAUUGCUGGCAUUAGAAGAUGGUUCUGCCCUCUCAAGGAAAGUUCUGGUACUUUUUGUUGUGCAAAGACUGGAACCAAGAUUUCCUCAGGCAUCAAAAACAAGUAUUGGUCACGUUGUGCAGCUACUGUACCGAGCUUCUUGUUUUAAGGUUACUAAAAGGGAUGAAGACUCUUCCCUGAUGCAGCUAAAGGAGGAAUUUCGGAGUUAUGAGGCACUACGCAGAGAACAUGAUGCCCAAAUUGUUCAUAUUGCCAUGGAAGCAGGACUUCGUAUUUCACCUGAGCAGUGGUCUUCUCUGCUAUAUGGGGACUUGGCUCAUAAAUCACACAUGCAGUCUAUCAUUGAUAAGCUGCAGUCUCCAGAAUCAUUUGCAAAGAGUGUCCAGGAAUUGACAAUUGUUUUGCAACGAACAGGUGAUCCAGCUAAUUUAAAUAGACUGAGGCCUCAUUUAGAGCUUCUUGCAAACAUAGACCCUAACCCAGAUGCUGUUUCACCAACUUGGGAGCAGCUGGAAAAUGCAAUGGUAGCUGUUAAAACAGUGGUUCAUGGUCUUGUGGACUUCAUACAAAAUUAUAGUAGAAAAGGCCAUGAGACACCCCAGCCUCAGCCAAACAGCAAGUACAAAACUAGCAUGUGCCGAGAUUUGCGACAACAAGGGGGUUGUCCACGAGGAACAAAUUGUACAUUUGCCCAUUCUCAGGAAGAGCUCGAAAAGUACCGAUUAAGGAACAAAAAGAUGAGUGCGACUGUAAGAACAUUUCCUCUUCUGAAUAAAGUUGGUGUAAACAGCACUGUCACAACCACAGCCGGCAAUGUCAUUUCUGUCAUAGGAAGUACUGAAACAACUGGGAAAAUUGUUCCAAGCACAAAUGGAAUUUCAAAUGCAGAAAGCAGUGUUUCCCAGCUAAUCCCACGAAGUGCUGACAGUGGAGUAAGGACUCUGGAGACUGCGAAGAAAGUUGGGAAGGUUGGCACUAAUGGCCAGAAUGCUGCUGGGCCCUCUGCAGAGUCUGUGUCCGAAAAUAAAAUUGGUUCUCCACCCAAGACUCCUGUAAGUAAUGCAGCAGCUACCUCUUCUGGGCCCUCUAAUUUUGGAACAGAGCUGAAUUCCGUGCCUCCCAAAUCGAGCCCAUUUCUAACUAGAGUUCCAGUAUAUCCUCAGCAUUCUGAAAGCAUUCAGUAUUUUCAAGAUCCAAGGACUCAGAUACCUUUUGAAGUCCCACAAUACCCACAAACAGGAUACUACCCACCACCUCCAACGGUACCAGCUGGUGUGACUCCCUGUGUUCCUCGAUUUGUGAGGUCCAGUAAUGUUCCAGAGUCCUCCCUCCCACCUGCCUCCAUGCCAUAUGCUGAUCAUUACAGUACAUUUUCCCCUCGAGAUCGAAUGAAUUCUUCUCCUUACCAACCUCCUCCUCCGCAGCAGUAUGGACCAGUUCCCCCAGUACCCUCUGGAAUGUAUGCUCCUGUGUAUGACAGCAGGCGUAUCUGGCGCCCAGCUAUGUACCAACGAGAUGACAUUAUUAGAAGCAAUUCUUUACCUCCAAUGGAUGUUAUGCACUCGUCUGUCUAUCAGACAUCUUUACGGGAAAGAUAUAACUCAUUAGAUGGAUAUUAUUCAGUGGCUUGUCAACCACCAAAUGAGCCAAGGACAACUGUGCCUUUACCAAGGGAACCUUGUGGUCAUUUGAAGACUAGUUGUGAGGAACAGUUAAGAAGAAAGCCAGAUCAGUGGGCACAGUACCAUACCCAGAAAGCACCUGUCUCUUCAACUCUUCCUGUGGCAGCACAGUCACCAACACCACCUUCUCCUCUAUUCAGUGUAGACUUCCGAACCGAUUUCUCUGAGAGUGUGAGUGGCACAAAAUUUGAGGAAGACCAUCUUUCCCAUUAUUCUCCUUGGUCUUGUGGCACCAUAGGCUCUUGUAUUAAUGCCAUUGAUUCAGAGCCCAAAGACGUAAUUGCUAAUUCAAAUGCUGUGCUAAUGGACCUGGACAGUGGGGAUGUGAAGAGAAGAGUGCAUUUAUUUGAAACUCAGAGAAGGACAAAAGAAGAAGACCCUAUUAUUCCCUUUAGUGAUGGACCCAUUAUCUCAAAAUGGGGUGCAAUUUCCCGAUCCUCCCGAACAGGUUACCAUACAACAGAUCCAGUCCAGGCCACUGCUUCCCAAGGAAGUGCAACUAAGCCCAUCAGUGUAUCAGAUUAUGUCCCUUAUGUCAAUGCUGUCGAUUCAAGGUGGAGUUCAUAUGGCAGUGAAGCCACAUCAUCAGCACACUAUAUUGAAAGGGACAGAUUCAUUGUUACAGAUUUAUCUGGCCAUAGAAAGCAUUCCAGUACUGGAGACCUUUUGAGCAUUGAGCUUCAGCAGGCCAAGAGUAACUCAUUACUUCUUCAGAGGGAGGCUAAUGCUCUGGCCAUGCAGCAGAAGUGGAAUUCCCUGGAUGAAGGCCGUCACCUUACUUUAAAUCUUCUCAGCAAGGAAAUUGAACUGAGAAAUGGAGAGAAUGAUUAUACAGAAGACACAGUAGAUACGAAGCCCGAUAGAGAUAUUGAGUUAGAGCUUUCAGCACUUGAUACUGAUGAACCUGAUGGACAAAGUGAACAAAUUGAAGAAAUCCUAGACAUACAACUUGGUAUCGGUUCUCAAAACGAUCAGUUGCUGAAUGGAACAGCAGUGGAAAAUGGUCAUGCAGUCCAGCAUCACCAAAAGGACUCAGUAAAGCAGAAGAGACAGAGUUUAGGUGAAGACCAUGUGAUUCUGGAGGAGCAAAAAACAAUUCUACCGGUAACAUCUUGCUUUAGCCAGCCACUCCCAGUGUCUAUUAGCAGUGCAAGCUGCCUCCCUAUCACCACAUCUGUCAGUGUUGGCAACCUCAUUCUGAAAACUCACGUUAUGUCCGAAGAUAAAAACGACUUUUUAAAACCUAUUGCAAAUGGGAAGAUGGUUAACAGCUGAAAGGAGGCUCAUCUUUCAAAUUUGUGACCACACCAUGGAAGCAUUUACACUAGCUUUUUAUAUAUAUAAUAUAUAUUAUAUAAUGUAUAUUUUUUUUAAAAAAAAAAGAUAUUACUGGGGGCAUCCAUUUCCUGUGGACUCUUUGAUACUUCAAGCCCUCUUGCAUUAGCAUUAUGAAAAAAAAAAAGAAAAUUUACUUUACUAGGGUAACGUUCACUUUCCAGAAAUUAUUGGAAUUUGGACAACAUUUAACUUAAGCUUCAAGCAGCUUUUUAUGAGUUUGUAGCAAUCCGGUGCAGUAACUGAGCCAUUUCCUAUUUUAAAUGGCUUCUACAGUAAAUUAACAACUCAGUUAUUAAACUAGCAGGAUCCUACAAUGAUACAUCUAGUGAAAGUAGAGUUAAUUAACUAACUUAUUUCUAUUUUAUGUUUCACUGAAAGAAAUUUCCAUCUCAUUCCAGCUGCUUUAUUUAUCUUUUUCAUUGGACUUUGCAUGGAUUUUUCUUUUUCUUUUGUGCUUUUUUUCCUUUUUUCUUUUUCUUUUUUUUUUUUUCUUUUCUUUUUGAAGAGUGGAGUUAGAUGUUCUUACCAUAGAGUUUUACAGGGUUAUAUAAUAGCUUUCUUUACUGCAUUAUAUGUAGAAGUGUGGUGCAGUGCUUUUAUCUGUAGCAUUUAAUUUUUUUAGUUUUCCAUUUUCAAGAAUAGUUUCUGCUUUGUUAAUAUUUAUACACAGGCUACUUGUUGAAGUAAUUAAUUAAAAAUAUAACCAAGUGCCUAAGUCUUUCAGCUGAUGUACUAGAUAUUAAAUUCUCCUAAGUUAUGCAGAAUCGUUUUUACAAUUUUGAUAAAUUAUGCACUAAUGUAAUGGCAAUUUUUUAAAAUGCAGAUUUAAGCCUGUACAUUAUUGAAUCUGAUGACUUGGCAAAAGAAUCAGGUGCUUUCAGCUUUCUUGAGAAAACCCUGUAUGUAGCGUUUGCACUGACUAACAAGGUGGUAUUGCUGGGUCUUUAAUUUAAAGUAAUUAAUUUGGGUGUUCAUUGCAUUAUUUUAGUUAGGUGUUGUUUAUUGUUACUUCAUGUUGGGUUUAAUUUUCUUUGUUUUCUGACUGUUAGGUUGAUAAGACUUUGAACCAUGUAGUAGUAGAACAUUGGCUAACUUUUACCCAUUCUUAAAAACAUGAAUAAUUUUUGCUCUGCCAUAAUGUGACUGAAAUUUUCACUUGGCAUCUGAAAGUAUGCAGUAUGCUCAACCAGCCAUGCCCCAGAUUUUGUGGGUGGUGUUUUUUUGAAGCUUAAAUUUCAGUCAACAUUUGAAAACAAAAGCUGGCAUUCCUUCCUGGUAGUAAUCUUAUAGUUUGUCUUUUUGUUCUUUCUCUGUUUCUUUAAGAUUAGUUUGACUUUUAUUAUUUUUUAAUUAACUUCUGUGAAGUUGUUUACUCUGAAAAUUGUACUGGAAUAUUUUAAGCCAAGCUGAUCUUUCACCAGGUGUACUGUAUGUAAGGGCUUCUCCUGCUAGCAAGAUGCUUAAACAGGAUCAUGUUAUUGGUCGUCUGAGCUAUUUAGUUAUUUUACAAAAACCACAGCAUUGUAUCAGAGAAGAUUUUGAUAAAAGUUUUGUGCACAUUUCCAGGGGUGGGAGGGUUGACAUUUCCCUGAAAUUUCUUGAUUGGAAUGAGUAAAUACUGGUGUUUGAUACCUGUCUUAAUGAACAUGCUCAUAAGGUGACUGAUACGUUGUAAAUAAUACCUGAGAAACAAAGGGGUAGUUUUGAUAUUCUGGUGUCAGUAUGGAAGAUCUUACACAUUUAUUUAAUACUUAAGUGUAUGAAGAUGUUUGUUUGUAGCAUAACAGCACAGUAGCCUUGACUUAGUUUCCUUUGGUUAGUACUGUACCUUUUUGCCAUGGCCAGUGCUCCCCAUCCCUACAAAGACAUUUUAUUUAUUUCACUCUGUAGCCUGAAAUGAAGAGGAACAAGAGUUUUAAACCAUGUUACAUUAACUUAUUUCUGACAUUAUAAAUUAGCCUAGGAUAUUACAGGAACAUGAUUGUUAUAAUUUAUAUCAGAACCUUUCUAUAAAUAUGAGCUUAUUACAUUUGAAAUGCUUCCAAUGUACUUCUUUUUUUCUGUUUGUAAUUCCAAAAAGGUUAUGUAAACCAGUCUGUCUAUUUCAUGGAUAUUUAAUAGUGAGAUCUUCCAUGUUGAAGGUAAUGUAUUUUUUUUUAAGAUUUUAAAAUUGCUAUUUUGUUACAAAAUAGAGACCUAUUAACAGUUGAGAGCUCCUUAUGUGCCCUCAGGGAAAGAACCCUCCGUGCAACAGAACUACACGAACAUCUUCAGCACUUUCUGAGGGUGAUUAUAUACUACAUAAAUUGAUCUUGUGUAUUUAACCUUAUCUUUUUAAUUUUAAAAUUGAAAUUUUGAACGUGGCUGUGCUCUGCUGGAGGGGUUGGGAUGCUUAGGUGUUUGCCUACUUGUUCAGUAAACCACAUUUCAUCAGUGUAUGUGUACACCUGCCCACCUUAUUGGUGUGUCUCAAACAUUUAUAGUUAAACAAUGCUUGUCUUGCAGCAGAUGAUCCCAUAAAACAGUAACUUACUAUUCUCAAAUGUUUACUCUUUCUCACUAACAACAGAGGAAUUGUUUCUGUGUUGACAAGAUUCUAUAUUGCAUCUUUUGUGUGGUGACAACCUCCUGUCUGUUUUGGUGAGUUUAAUUUGAAAUAAGGCUAUUGGAUCUCUGCCACUUUAGAAGAAAGAACAAGUCAUCUGACCUUUCUUCAAAAUGGUACCUAUUGAUAUCAUAGAGGAAAAUAGUACAAACAGACUUGGAAUGUGGCUUUUUUUUAAAUUAGGGGCAAACAUUACUUUGACCUUUUAUCAAAAUGACGUUAUGAUGAACACAUUUGGGAUCAGAGGCUACAACACAAUAGAAGAAAAAAUCUGGAAUGUUGGUAUCUAAACUGCUUGUGUCGCCUGUGGUCUAAUGAGAAAAAGGCAGUUGGAAGUCUGAAAAGCAGGAAAAUGGUGUGGGUUUCCUUUUUUUUUUUUUUUUUUUUUUUUUUUCUGCCAGUUUUCUGAGUCCAGUUCCUAUUCUGAGUGGCAUUCAGAUGCUGUGAAUUAUAACAUCAUUAGUCUUGUGUGGGCUCAUUGCAUUUUACGAAUUCUAAGAGUUCUGUGUUUAUUCCUUCAAGUUGGUACCUACACAAAUCAGAGUCUCUUGCCUUUGCUACCAUGACUUACUUCAGUGCCAUGCACCGAGUCAGUGUAUGUGGAGACAGUUGUACAUUGUAAUUUUUCAAGAAAAGGUAGCUCUUUAGGCCAGUGACACUUAUUCUCUGCUUCUUUAGGCCAGUGACACUGAUUCUCUGCUUUCAUAGCUACUUACUCUUAUAGUAAGAGAAUUAAAUGAAACCUCAUACAAAAACUAAAAUUUCCCAUUUGUAUGGAUCCUAAUCACUUUGACCCAGAUUUCAAAUUGAGGCUAAGUUACAAAGCACAUUCUGAUUUUAUGUACAGAAGAUUACAGAAUGCAGUAAUUUAUAGGACUUUUAAGUGGGAUCAUUUAACCAUUUGAAAAAUUUGUUUAAAAACUGUCUACCCUAUUUCUGAAAAUUAGAUGUGGUAAAGCCCAUGUUGUCUUUUUUAGCCAGGUAUAGAACUUGUAACAAUCAGAUUCAGUGUGUGAUCUCAGUUGUGAAUCUGAGUAUUUCUUCCCUUGCUUCUUUGAGUCGUUUUCUGAGCAGACUGUCACCAAUAUUGGUAACUAAUCAUUAAAGAGAAAAGUUGCAUUGCAGCUAUGUCUUAGUGUCUUAGAACUGUUCUCAUGAUUUCAUAAUCAAGAGUACUGAUGGGAUCACCUACGGUAACCCCUACUACAGAAGAGGCCCUUCUGCAAGCAGAACACAGAUGAGCAUGCUCAAGGAGCAUCCCCUUUUCUACAGAUUAAGUUUGCUAGUAACUCCUUUACACUAGCUGUUUCUUUGUAUCCCUUUGCUGGCAAGGGAGUACAAGGAGUCAAACCACAGAUCAGAACACCCCACAUUUGAGUGGAGACUUAUUUUUAAUUCUAGGGGAAUUAUGCCCCCAAGUCUGAAACUGGCAAUUAUUUUUUUUCUCUUACAUAAAAAUUUAAUAAAUAUCCCCCAAACCAGUGGAAACCAGACACUGGCUGCACUUAGUACUGCCAAAAGCCAAGGUCAUUUGCACAUAUUCCAUCAACCUGUCAAGAAUUAGGCCUCACUUUAUAACCCAAGGCAUGGAAGUGCAUGCAUUCUCUUAGCUGGGCAAACAAUUAUACUGUAGUUGUGAUACAACACAUGUGGCUUUUAUUUGUACUGCACAUACCCACUGUACAGCCACUUGGGAGUAUCGUGGUUAGCUUGCAGCAACUGCCGUCUGCAUUUAUACUGUUUAUUGCAUAUUCUUUUCCCUGGAAGUGAAAGAGAAAUGUUUUUUCUUGUUGCAUUGAUUACAUUUUAUAAAUUUGCUUAGCUGGAAAGUUUGGGAAAAGAGGCCUGUUUGUCAAUUGUACAACCGAUUGUGAAGUUUAGUGUGAAUAUUUUUACGUCUGUAUUAGACAUUUUCUUUGCAAAUCUAUUGUUCGAUUGAAAUGUAAAUGAAAUUAAAGAUGGUGUACACCCAUCAUGUAAAAAGCAGGCACCAUCUCUAAGAUGGAUUUAAUGCUCAUUUUUAAGGCAUAUACUCAGCUUCUAUUUAAAACUAUAAAAUAAUUCUGUACAAUGAAAUGGGGAAUAUAUAUGGGAAUAUAAAUUCUAUUCCAUUUAUUUCAAUUUGAAUUUCCAAAUUGUAAUGUUUCCCUUUGUGCUAUAGGAAUAGGAUUAAAUGGGGGAAAGCUAGGAUUUAUAAGGCCUGUAUAUGGGGGGGGCAGAGGUGGAACAAUGAGGGUUGUGAUGGUAGUGAAUAGCAAAGAGUGAAUUCUGUGUGUUUUUGCUGUAGCACUGAAGUGAAGAGAUAUUAGCUUUGGCUGUUCACAAAAUAGAGCAUCAUGAUUUUCAGUGUUUGAGAGAAAAUUGAUGGAAAAAGUUUGCAGUACUUGACAUGUAUUUGCAUGCACAAAAUAAAAUUAUUUGUCCACCUUAAAAGUUGUUUGCUUAGUGUCAAUGUCAAGUUUAUUAUAUGUUUUAGUUGUCUUGAUUUUCCUGAUAUAUCUUAAUAAAGCUGGAAGGACACUCCCUAAGUAGGGACUCAAUUGAUCACCUUAAAGAGGUUGAAAUAUUUCUUAGUUGUGUCUGACAUUUCAUUCAGUAUAGAGCAUUUUCUAAAUGGGAGAUGGUGUAAAAUAGAAAAUACUGAACUUACAGAUGGGACAGAUGCAUAAAUAGGACAAAGUCAUAUGUUACGAAAGUUGUUUUGUAGGCUUCAGAAGAAACUCUAAAAGAUGGCCUAAAUCUCAGCACCAUUUUUAUUGACCCCAUGGUACCUUUAUGUAUUCACCCAGCUGAUAAUGUCAUAAGUCCCUGUCUGUGCUGGUCUUUAAGACUGUAUAUAGGUCAAUGAAACAAGCCAUUUCCCUAGAGCCUCAUAGUGUAGAAAUGGAAAAAAAAAAAAAAAAACCAGAUUGAAUAGCUCAGGGAGCUACACACAAAGGGACCGAUUGUAGUUGUGUUGAGCAAAGAUGAGGUGCUUCUCUUGAGACAACAUCUGGCUAGGCUUUUAAAUCCUGCAUAACUUUUUAAACUAGUAGCAGAUUAUCUUCCUGACCUACUUCACCUUUGCACUUAUUUUGUGUUUUAAUUGUUGUAUAUUUAAGAUGUUAUAUAAUUUUCCAAGAUCUCAUAACCAGAAGGUAAUAGAGCCAGACAGUUGUUUUUCUGUCUCUCAAACAGAUAAUGGUGAUGGUAGUUGGAUUCAUUUUCACCUAAAUGGAAAGUGUGAUUAAGAAAUGGGGCUUUGUGGCAGCACACACCUUUCUUCCCAGCACUCAGGAGAGCAGAGGCAGGUUGAUUGCUCUGAAUUUAAGGCCACCCUGGUCCACAAGGCUAGUCCAGGACAGCUAAGACUACAUAGAGAAAGCUUGUCUCAAAAAACAAACAAAAAGAAAUGGGACUGCACUGAGUACUAAUAUAAACAGCCAAUUCUCAGAGCACUUAAUAUGCUCCAGAUAGUGUUUAAGUGUUAUAAUGUAGAUCAUCAUUCUCAUUAUUUCCAGAGAAGAAAAGGGAUGCAGAUACUUUUGAGAAUAUGCCCAAAUUUACACUUCUGGAAGAGAUAGAUGAACAUUGAAUAACAUACUAAGGAGACUAUAAGAGAAUCUUGGAAGUUACCUAAGCUGAAUGCUUUGAGAUUUUAGAAAGGAUACUUGGGCAGUGAUAUAAAAGAUGUAACUGGAGAUAGACCAGGUCAUCACUGUAGGUAAGAAGUGUUAACUCUCUGACCAAGCAGGAGUGAAGGAAGAAAUGAGCUUGAAGAUUAGGGAUGGGGGAGAACAACUAACUGACCAGAUUGGCUGUGCAAAAAAAAAAAAGUGCAUUAGACAUCUCCACAUUAUUAGGGGACUGAAAUUUAAAGAUUACAAACCCUGUUUUGUGAGAAUAGACAUAAUUGUUACAUGCAGUCUUGAAUAAGCCAGAGUAACUUCAGAGAAUAAGAAGGAAGAAAAGACAUGCAGAGGUAAACUAGGCAGAGGAUAGGAGUUAUUUCAGGGGUAGAGUCUUCUGUAGCCCAGGUUGGCCUCAAACUUAGAAUCCUACUGAGUGUUGAGAUCAUAGGUGUACACCUUUACAUCCAGCAAGAAAAGGAAGCAUUCAUGAAAGAAAUGAAAUUUCAGAGAGAUUUAUGGCUAAUACCUGUUGAAAUAAUUUCAUGCUUGGCUCGGGGGUAGGGGGAUGGCGCACACCUUUUAUCCCAGCACUUGGGAAGCAGAGGCAGGUGGACCUCCGAGUUUGAGGCCAAUCUGGUCUACAGACAGGACAGUCAGAAUUACACAGAAAAACCUUGUCUCAAGACACAGGAAAACCAAAACAGCAAAAUGCAGAAUAGCUUGGAUUACCCAUAUGACCAGGUCUUUUCUCAAAAUCCAACCUCAGUUAUUGUCAGAUGGACAGUAAUAAAAGGUGUAGUUUAAGAUAGAUAUCUAAGAGAAUGGAGUAUUUUUUUAUCUGUAUUUUGAAAUAGUUAUAGAUUCAUAGGAAGUUACAGAAAGUACAGACAUUACCAUGUACCCUUAACAUAGUUUGUCCCAUGAUAUUAUCUUGCAUAACUAGUACAGUAUCAGAACCAGAAAAACUGACAUCAUAUGCAAUCCAUAGAUCUUAUUUACACUUCAGUUUCACAUCUGUUCACCUGUGUAUGCCCACCCACGCAGUGUGGUAUAUAGAUGGUUCUUAUGCAAUUUUUUCAAGUGUAAGUUUGCAGAAAGGCCAUUGCUAUGAUAGAUAACAUCUGUUUCCUCUCAUUCAUUCUUUUAGGCCUUUAGAUUCACAUUGUUUUUCUUCCCAUAUUCUCUGAACCCUGUUCUUCAUCUUUGUAAUUUUUUCUUGGUGACAAUGUUAUAUAAAUGAUAUUAUACCAUAUGUAACCUUUUGAAAUUGGCUUUUCCCCCCAAUUCAGCACAAGUACCUUGAACGCUCUCCAAGUUGUUGCAUGUAUUAAUAGCGUGUUCCUUUAUAUUGCUGAGUAGUAUACUAUGGUAUAAAUAUACCAUGGUUUGUUUACCCAUCAUCCAUUAAAAGGCAUUUGAGUUGUUUCGAUUUUUUUUUUUACUAUUACAA